AGGUCUUUCCUCUCCCAUCCCCGCAGGGCUCCAUCCCACUGUGCCGGGGCCAUGGUGGUCCUGCGGGCCGGGCUGUGCCCUGGUCUCACCGAAGAGAUGAUCCAACUCCUCAGCGCAAACAACAUCAGGACCGGUAACUUGUGGUGGAUUUUGUGUCAUCGGACCUGGAGGAUGUUGCCCAGAGCUGUUCCCUGUCUUACAAGGUGCUGGUGGCUGUGCGCCGCGUGCUGCUGGCCCAGUUCUCGGCCUUCCCCACCAAUGGAGCAGACCUCUACGAGGAGCUCAAGAGCUCCACGGCCAUCCUGCCCACCGGCAGCCCCAGGUGUGUGCCCAGUGGGCUGUGACGUGGUGAUGCCCCCAGUGUGCUCGAUGGUGUCCCAGUCGUCCCCAGCAGCUGUCGCCAACCCCAGCCUGAGGGUCCAGAGGUGACUUUUCAUGUCCUGUGGCUGUGAAGCCAGCCGGUCUCUGCCCCGAGAGGGAUGACACUGCUGUUGUCCUUGCAAGAGCCUGCACAUCUCUUGGGAUUGGCUGUAUGUCUCAUUUCUAGUCUAGAAAAUGUACUGCCCUCAGCCUUCCCCUUGAGAAGAGGGUUAUGGAUGUGGGAGGGUUUGGAGUGAUGAGUUCCCAAGGCUGGGCAAGGAGAUGAGUUGCUCUUUGUUGCCCGGGCUUAUUUCUCUUUCCCCAGUCUCCUUGUUGUCUUGUUACAGCGGGGAUGCAGAGAAACCCCAAAUACUCAAACCUGGCUGCCAGGCUCUUCCCCGUCUCAGCAUGGUCCUCUUGCAGUGCAGAGCUGCUGCAGCCCACAGUGCAGGGAGAGUUGGGUGGAGGGUGGGAGCAGAGCACAUGGCUUCUGCCUUUGGGAAGAGGACAGUAGGGACCUUGUGCUCACCAUGCAGCUUGGACCAGCUGCUGGACGCGGGGCUGUACACCGGGGAGGUGACGGAGCUGGCGGGAGCACCGGGCAGCGGGAAGACACAGGUGUGCCUCAGCAUCACAGCCAGCGUGUCCCUCGGCCUCAGGCAGCACGUCUUCUUCCUCGACUCCACGGGGGGGUUCACCGCCUCCCGCCUCUACCAGAUGCUCCAGGCCCAGGUGGAGGACAAGGAGGAGCAGCUGGAGGCCCUGCAGCGGGUGCAGGUGGUCCGCGUGUUCGACAUCUAUGAGAUGCUGCGCGCCCUGCACGAGGUGCGGGACUGCCUCUCCCAGCAGGUGGAGAGCUCUGCGGGGCCGCUCAAGGCAGUGCUGAUCGAUUCCGUGUCGGCCGUGCUGUCCCCGCUGCUGGGAGGCCGGCAGUCAGAGGGCUUGGCCAUCACGAUGCAGCUGGCCCAGGAGCUGAAGACGUUGGCCAAGGAGUUCAGCGUGGCGGUGGUGGUGACCAACCAGGUGACAAGGGACAGCAGCACCGGCGCUCUCAAGUCAGCCCUUGGCCGCUCCUGGAGCUUCGUGCCCAGCACCCGCGUGCUGCUGGAGGGCAGAGCAGCGCCCUGGGAGGAGGGCAGUGCUCUGCGCACCGCGUGCUUGGCCAAGUCACCGCGCCAGCCAACGGGGAUUCAGGUGCAGCUGGAUAUUGGCAGCGGUGAUGUGCAGGAGCAGAGGCCCGUGACACCCACACCGUGACCCUGAUGGGGACGGAAAAGCAAAUGUCAAGGUCUGGGAGAGCUGCAGAACAACCACACUGACACUGAGCACAGACUGCCUCUGAGUCCCACAACACAGAGCAGCUCCUGUUCUUCUGCUUUGGGAGAAAACGUGCAUGGAGUUCCCUGGAGAGCUCACUUGGCAUGUGUGCAGUGGGCACGGGGCAGGCAGGUCCCCUCCUCUGCCACCAGGAGGCUGCCCUGUCCUCGGCAUUGGCUUGGGAUCGCAUCCCCUCAGUGGUUUUGUUCCCACCUCAUAACUGCUGCUUUGGGCAGCCCAUGGUGCUCUUGGUUGAGAAAUAAAGAUGUUGCACACUGUUGUAGUCCAGGGCUGUGAUUCAGUGAAUGGCAACUUCUGCUCAGCUUCAGAUUUCUCGGUAGUGCUUAGCAUGGGUGGGGUGAGUCACUGAGCAGGGAUGCGAUGGGCGCUGGAUGUGACCCCACCACUGUGCCAGCCCUGCAGCGUUUUGGGGCACUGCUGUGCUGCAUGAAGACUAAAUAAAUGCAUUUUAAAGUUG